GCCGCAUGCCGCCACACACACCCAUAUUCCAUGCAAAUACACGACGAGUGCAUUCACAAAAGAAGAGGAAGUUCGGGCAGAGCAGAAAACCAAGCCGGAAAAAACACGCUGUAUCCAACUGAAAAAUAAAGAAAGGCAAACUUAAGAUAUUUAUCAGAGCGCGCGGCGUAUGUGUGCAAAAUAUAUAAUUGGAAUAAGUGCGAAAGUGAUUUAUUAACUUAAAUAAUUAUUUAUAAAAGAACCAAACAUGUCACUGGCUUUCCAAAAUGCCGAGUCUGUGAAGCAGGCUCUUUUCGAGGAGCUUCAAAGUUUGCUUAGCUCCGAUUCUGCGGUGCGACAAUCGGCUGAGCAACGUAUGAAGCAAUUGGAAUUUACAGAAGGUUAUGGCGUGUAUCUUUCCGAAUUGAUAAUGAACCAAUCUUUUGAUUUGGCCCUAAGGCAGCUGGCUUGCAUUAUGCUAACACGUUAUGUGGAAAAUCGUUGGGGUGAAUGUGAUGAAGAGGGUAAUCCCAAUGUCGAUGGAGGUCUGGCAACGGAUCAAGCCAAACGUACUAUACGCAACAUUUUGCCCAACGGCUUGUAUGAUCCCAACUCAAAAAUCAGAUCUUCAGUGGCUCAUGCAAUUUCAGCCAUUGCUGCCACAGACUGGCCUGGUGUGUGGACUGAACUAUUUGAUAUUAUUGUCAAGUGUUUGGGUGGUAAUGAGAACUCGAUACAUGGAGCUAUGCAAAUUUUGCAAGAUUUCUCAUAUGAUGAGAAACAGAUUAAAGAAUUGGGGCCGGUUAUCAUCUCGGAGGUUUAUCGCAUUUUCGAAUCGGAACAAAAUUAUUCCAUAAAAACUAGAACAUCGGCCAUACGUAUUCUGAAACCAUUGUUUGCCUCGAUUUGCAUUAAUAUUAUGGAUAAACAAGAGCAGGCAAAUAUGGCAAAUUCUAUUCUCACCAAUUUCAUGGAAAAGCUUCUGCACUAUUUGUCAAUGGAUUGUGGGGCCUCUUCGAAUUUCAUGCUGCGAACGGAGAUUGUUAAACUUCUCACUCACCUUGUCACUGAAAUGCCCAAAUAUAUACAACCCCAUAUGGAACGCAUUUUACCAGUCAUUUGGCGUUUAUUGACACAAGUUGCCGGGACCUAUGUCAAGGUGACUGUUAAUCAAACCGAACCAAGCCCCUUCCCUGAGGGCGAAUCUGAAGAAGAUGAUGAGCUAAAUAAUUUCUCAGCCAUGAUAAUACAAAUUAUUGAAUUUGUUCAAUGUGUAAUUGGUGCUGGCAAAUUCCGUUCAACCAUCAAAAAUGUCCUAACCGAUUUGAUUUAUAUUAUGAUUGUCUAUAUACAAGUACCCGUCGAACAAAUCGAAGAUUGGAAUGAAGAUCCUGAGAGAUUUGUGGAAGACGAAGAUGAUGGUGGAGUUGAGUUGACCAUACGUGUUUCCGGCCAAGAUGUUUUAUUGGCAUUAAAUGAAGAACUGGGUCCCAAGGUUUUGACUGCCUUGCAAGAGGCAUUGGGCCGCCACAUGAAUGUUGCCGAAGCUGAAAAAUCUGCCGGCAAUCCCAAUUGGUGGAAAAUUCAAGAAGCUUGUAUGGUGGCUGUACAUGUAUUCCGUGAUUUGAUCUUAGAAUCGGAGGAAAAAUUCGAAUUGGUGAACUAUUUGACUUUGGUGCGAAAUUGGUUGAAUCAUCAAGAGUGCCCUCAUUUGGUGGGACGUGCUUUGUGGACUUUAAGCACUUACUCAAAAUCGAAAUUGUAUAAUGCCCAGAUGUUAGAGGAAAUCUUGAAUGUUACUCUGCAAAGUUUACAAGGUGACAAGGCUAUGGUUUUGAAAAUAAGCGCAGUAAGGGCCGUCCAUGGUUUCGUGCAGGCUCACGAAAAAUCAGAUGGAGAAAAGCGCGCCUUAAUUCAAUCUAAAUUACCUGGAUUUGUCGAGGGUAUAAUGACCUUAAUACCCGGCUGUAAGAGUUCAGUUUUGGCCAUGCUUUUGGAAGCCUUGACAACAAUAAUAACAUUUGAUCCUGCAUUUGCUGCCCAAGCCCAAACGAAAAUUAUACCCUUAACAAUUGCAGUAUUCCUCAAAUACCCCGAAGAUCCAUUCAUUUUGGAAACUGUUCAGGAUGUUAUAAAGGUGCUUUGUCAAAAUCCCCAUUGUCUACAACCAUUGCAGGAGAAAUUCAUUCCAACCAUUGUCAGCAUUCUUUCACUGCAAGGCGAUCAAGCCAAUACAGCAAAACAAGAUAUUGCCUUGGAUGUCCUGACCACCAUUGUAAGAUACUCCCAGGCGCCAUUGCCUGCAGCUUUGGUGGAAAAUGCCUUCCCCGCCAUGAUCCAUUGUGUACGUCGUUCCGAUGACCAGGCUGUUAUGGUGGCAGGUGGUGAAUGUCUAAGAGCUUUUAUAUUCGUUUCACCCGAACAAAUAUGCACCUACAACAAUGGCGAAGGUUUGAAUUACACCAUGGAACUAACCACAAUGCUUUUGAAUCCAAUGAACAAUGAAAUGACUGCCGGCCAAAUUGGUCGUUUGGUAAUAACCAUUAUCACCAAAAUGGGUAAUAUGUUGGGCGAAAAUGUUGAUUUGCUAUUGAAGGCUGUCAUCAGUAAAAUGCAAUUGGUGGAGUGUUUGAAAGUUAUUAUGAGUUUGGUUGUGGUCUUUGCCCAUUUAUUCCUUACCCAAAUGGAUGCUGUAUUGAACUUCCUCUCCACCGUUCCUGGUCCAACUGGCGAACCGGCGAUGCAUUUUGUCUUCAGCAAUUGGUUGCCCAAACAGACCUCCUUCUUUGGCACCUAUGAACGCAAGGUUACCACCAUGGCUUUGUGUAAACUUUUCGAAUAUGGUGUUACCACACAAGAUCCACGUUUAACUUCUGUCAACGUCAAAGAUAUGGUCGUCAACGAGGCUGCCAAUAAUACACCACGCAUUAAAACCCGUUCACAAUCCAAUGCCAACCACCAAUGGGUAACCAUACCAGCAUUGGUGAAAAUGUAUAAAUUACUUAUCAACGAGUUGUGCCAUCUGAAGGAGGCUAAUUUAGAUGAUUAUGAGACUGAUUCGGAGGAAGAUGAUGAUCCUUCAUCCGGAGGCCCAACCGAUAAGCCAGCUGGCAGUUCACCACCCAAGGCUCGUUUUAUUUCCGAUCUUUAUUUCAAUGAUGAUGAUGACGACAACACCGACGAUGAUCAACUAACACAGGAACUUCUCAAGGAUCCAUUGUUCCAGACCAACAUGGAGGAUAAUCUAACCAAAUUCUUGCAAAACUUUUCAAGUAGCGAACAUUUCCCCAUGUUUGCCAGCCAUUUGUCGGAGUCGGAGAAAGCAGUUUUGAAGUCAAUUCAAGUUGAAGUUCCUUAAAUUUUGUAUUUGUUUAAAUGCUCCGAAGUGGUGGCUGGGGCGAUAUUAUUUAAAUGCAUUCACAUUUUUUCUGUUAUUUAAAAACAAGUUAUUCUUAUUAUUGCUCUCAUUUUAUAUAUAUGUAAUUGUUUUAUUUUCUUUUCCAUUUAAUAUUUAUGCAUUUUAGAAAACACAUUUUUAUACAAUAGUAAUAAAAAAAUCGAUUUGAAAAUAUUUGUUAUAAUGAUGUUGGAAAUGUUGCUCUUGGUGGGUUUUCCUUUUACAAAGGGGAAAGGUUGUGCGAAAGAAUAACAUUGUUUUGAUAACUUUUUUUAAAUUUAUUUAUUAUUUUCUAACAAAAAUGCAAAGAUUUGGAAUAUAGAUAGAAUUGUUUGUAUGUCGAGCAAACACACGAGGAAGGUUAUGGGAAGGGCUUGGAAAAGAUUUCCCCUCUCAAAAUUGUAUUUUAUUACAGAAAAAUUUCAAACCUUUAAGGAGUUUUUAACAAAAAGCUAAAGUGGGAAAUUUACUAAAACUUACAUAUAAAUUAUAGAUGAAUGUUGUUGGAAAAUAGUUAGGGUUAAUCCCAUUAUAAUAAGAAAAUUAUAAUAACGUUAAAUUUUACAAUAUUUCAAAAAAUUGACAAUAAAUUUUGUAAAAUUGGAAGUCAAGGGUCAUGUUUUUAAAAUUCCAUGUUGCACCAUCGACUCAUCAACAUCCAACACAUUUUUUUAACCAAAAUUUUGUAAAUUUUCUUAUUUAAAUUGUUUAAUUUCUAUUAGAAAAACAAACUCACUUUGAAUUCGCUCCAAUAUGCCCACCAAAUAGGGCACACAAGAUACGAAAAAUACCCAUUAGCGUUGCCACCCUUAUAAAAUAUUCUUCCUUAAUUUUUCGUACCUUGUGUACCCUAAUUGAUGGGCAUAUUGGCGCAAAUCCAACGUGCGUUUGUUUUUCUGAUAAAAAUUAAACAAUUUUAAUAAGAUAAAAAAAAUUGUGUUGGGUGUUGACAAGGCUGUGGAGCAUCCUGAACGCUUAAUUUUUAUGUUUUCUGGUAAAUUUUUAAAAUACGGCAUAAGUUAACGCUUUUAAAAUUAAAAAUUAGCCAAUCUUUUUUCUAGAAUGCAAUAAGAAAAUAAGUAAACUUUAGUAUAGUUUUUGUGAAUAUUUAUUUCAAAUAUAUCUUUUGUGUCUUUGAAAGAUUCUGAAAAUCGGAUAGUUUUUUUUUCUUUUGUACACAUUAUACAAAUCAUCAUGAAAAAGUAUUCAUAUAUAAAAAAAGUAUGAAAAAUGCAAUAAUCAAUGAAUGCCAUAUAAAUGCAUUACCGGAAGGAGGUGGUACAAUAUGUUAGGAAUGAAGUAAAGAUAAUGUUUUUUUUUAGUAGUAGUAUUUUGUUUGUGCUAACAACCAACAAUAAGAUAGAUACACCCCAAAGUUAUGAUUUUGUACAGUAUACGGAGGUACAGAUAAAAAUGUAUCAAUUAAUGUAAAGAUAUACACUUAGUGUAGUUAGAUA